AGAGCGACCGCAGUGUGCACCAUCUCCACGUUUUGGUAAAAGAGGCGGCGUCGUUGCCGGAGUGCACGAGUUGUACAUCGCCGUUGAUCGUACGACGAUCAGCUGGAGACGAUCAGCAGCUCGUCGUACGGCCCCCCUUCAUUUUCCUCCCCCACCCCCCUCCGCCGACGUCACUCUCCUUAUCGGAUGACUGCGUGAGCUCCGGAGGGAUCUCCGCGACGAGACUUGGGACACGCGCGCUCGAGGAUCUCGGCCGGAUUUUCGCGUCGGUGGGCGAGGACGCGUCGUCGUCCGCACCAGCUCGCGCGAUUUUUCCCUCCCGCGGCUGGACCCAUCGCGUCCGCUCCGUUUCGCUCCGCUGCGAAGUGACGCGACCCUUUCUUCUUGAUGUGUACGACGACGACAACGAGGCGGAGGACGGUCGGUAGUUACGCGGACGACGCUCUCGCCGGCGGUACCAGCGUUCCGGAGUCGAGUGACACCUAGCACGAGGAGGGUUCGUCGCGGGGACAACGGGGUGGCGAGUUCGAAACGGCGAUACUUGUCCCGCGUAUCGGUGGUGUUGUUAUUGAUGUUUUGCUCGUGACGUUUGUGUUAAAACGUAACGUGUACUGACCACGCGCGCCGUUGUCGGGCUUUCUGAAUUGGACCGCGAGCCUACGAGAUUCAGUGCCGGUUUUCCGUUCUCCGUUUUAAGACACGAGAAUUUCGCCCCGUCGCGGUGCCCCGCGUGGUGGAUUAACUCGACGUUUUUCGCGGACCAGUCGAUCGCAGCCGAGAUCGGGGACACGUGGAGUCUUGGAUCGGAUCGCUCUCGACUCACGUGGUCGUCGUACGACCGGCGGCGCUCGUGGUCGUGCGUCCGCGACUCUCGCGUAGUUUAGACUUGUCGCGGGUGAUCACGCGGAUAGAAGGAUCUUCCUCGCGCUCCCGUAGAGCGACAACUCCGGUAUUCAUGGUGCCUCCGGGCACGCUCGACGUUAAUCCGCACGUGAACGUCAACUGUACUCGGUGAGUGUUCGCUUGUUGAGGACAGGCGUUUCGUUUGUGCGCGACGCGACGACGCGUUCCCCAUUCUGCCUUCGUCAACGAACGAAGCGUACAUGUCACGAAUAGAGGGAGAGGGAUGACGACGCACGAGCACCGCGAUUCCGUUGAAGGGAACAGCGUGGACUCGUGAAGAACGGCGACUGUGCGACUGCGAGAGGCGAGAGGACACGGGGCGGCUCCACUCGUGGCUUGCGACUCUUCGUGGGACUCCCGAGAUCCGCAAGCACGCGGAAUCAACCAGGCAGCGUGGAGCGCUCGGCGAUUGUGUGGCCGCGCGCCGCGGACCUUUAUCUUUAUCAGCCAGGCUGCGCGUUCCUCACCUACUACAGCCGUGACAGCGCAAUCAGCGCCCAGAACGCUCUGCAUGAGAAGCGGACUUUACCAGGGGGUGUGACGGGCGACCGGCUGGCCGGGGGCGCCGCACACCUCCUCCACCUCUUCUUCUUCUUGCCACGACCACAACACACAAUGUAACAACAACUACUACUACUAGUGUCGUCCGCGCGAACCACGUUCUCAAUGUACUCGAUGUGAUGAACCGUCCUAUUCAAGUGAAACCAGCGGACAGUGAAAACCGCGGAGACAGAAAGCUGUUCGUUGGUAUGUUAAGCAAGCAACAAACUGAAGACGAUGUGCGACAGCUGUUUACUACCUUCGGUUCAAUAGAGGAGUGCACCAUCCUCCGUGGGCCCGACGGAAGCAGCAGAGGCUGUGCCUUCGUGAAACUCUCGUCGCACCAAGAAGCACUGGCAGCAAUAAACUCUCUACACGGUAGCCAAACUAUGCCGGGUGCGUCAUCCAGCAUAGUGGUAAAAUUCGCAGACACUGAUAAAGAGAGACAGAUAAGACGCAUGCAGCAAAUGGCCGGGAACAUGAGCAUCCUUAACCCCUUCUUCAAUCAUUUCGGCGCUUACAACGCUUACGCUCAGCAGCAAGCAGCGCUCAUGGCAGCCGCGACUACACAGGGAGCGUACAUCAAUCCAAUGACCGCGUUGGCAGCUGGACAAUUACCGCAUACAUUGAACGGCAUGCCAAAUCCCGUGGUCCCACCCACCUCCGGUUUGCUCGUAGGUACCGGCACAGGGCAACCGGUUAACGGGGCACUACCGUCGUUACCGUCGCCGACGAUGCCCAAUUUUAACAUGGCCGCUCAAACGCCGAACGGCCAGCCGGCAGGCUCGGAUCCAGGUGUCUACACCAACGGAAUACCGCAGACUUAUGCGGGACAUGCCCUCCAUCUGUCCAUUCCAGCGCAGGGGUUGGCCAACGGGGAGGCGGCACUUCAGCAUGCCGCCGCGUAUCCUGGAAUGCAGGCUUAUGCUGGAGUGGCCGCUUACCCCGCCGUCUACGGCCAGUUUCCUCAGGCUAUUCCUCAGCCGAUGACCGCGGUGGCACCCACGCAGAGGGAAGGAUGCUCUAUCUCAGGACCCGAGGGCUGCAACCUGUUCAUCUACCACCUGCCCCAGGAGUUCGGUGACGGCGAGCUCAUGCAGAUGUUCCUCCCGUUUGGCAACGUCAUCUCCUCCAAAGUCUUCAUCGACCGGGCGACCAACCAGAGUAAAUGCUUUGGUUUCGUGUCGUUCGAUAAUCCAGCGAGCGCGCAAACAGCGAUCCAAGCGAUGAACGGCUUCCAAAUAGGGAUGAAACGAUUAAAAGUCCAAUUGAAGAGGCCCAAGGACGCCAGCCGGCCAUACUAACCCACGUCCUAGCCUAGAAAAUCUGGACGAGUCGCGCCCUAUGUCGUAACUUACAGAAUGUCGUCCGAGAACGUGAACUCGAUGGACGCUCGACGAUCAGGAGUGACGAGUUGAAUCACCGUUACAACGCUCUCCGCCGUAACAACUUAGUAUACUAGCUAGUUAAUUCAUUAGAGGGUAAAAAUUUAGAAGUCAGUAGGACAGCAAACGGCUCCAGCGUUGUUGGAGUCCGUGCGGCGACGGCGAAGAGGCUGAAGCGAAAGCGAUGGAGGAUGUUGUGCGCUGAACCCAGAGAAGAAGAGCCGAAGAGAGAAGAGGACGAGACGCGCGCUGAGACGACGUUUCCCAGAUGUUCGGAUAACCGGAAUCCGCCGGCAGGCAACAACGGCAUUUGCUCUGUCCCCUUUUCGUCCAUUCUCACUACAAAUCUGCAUGUUUCUUUCUGUCCUCCGCGAUUCUAGCCUCUGGUCCCCAACUGCCAGGUGAAAGAUUGCGUUCAAGCAGAAUGGACGCACGAGCGUGCGGCGGCGCCUGUCGCGAAUAUUUCGAGGAUCCGAUCAUCCCGGAGAGACCUGCCGGAAAUACUGGAAGUAUCGAACUACCGAUCACCGUCGUCCGGAUGUACACGGCGACGACACCGUUACAGUUACACGCGCGACGAGUCACGACAUCGCGCCGCGACGAUUGUCCAGCAUCAAACCGACAAUAGCUAUCGCGAGGUAUCCCGUCGACAAAACGCCCCUAGGAGUCUCGUCGUGUUCGUUGUCAGUUCGACGCACAGCGCGGAAAAGACGCCACGGUAGAGAACACUUUGCCGUACACCCGGUCUGAUCGAUCCUCGACGAGGACCCUCGGCGAGGUGGGAUCGCCGUGCCCGGACAAGAACAGCCCUGACCAUCACCGUGGUACGAGAGAGACCGACAAAUCUUUUGUACCGCAGCGCAGCGAGCGACAUUAGUCGUCGCGACGAAGAUCCUGCGCGCGUCAUCCUCGACGACGACGACGGGACGGAUGAUAAUCCCCCGCGCGACUGACGAAAGUAGGAUAAAAUGCAGGCUCGUCCCGAGGACACGGGCGAGGUCCGAAUAUCUCUCUCCCAAAAAGACAAAUGUCAAUCAUACGCUAUACAGGGUGCUCGUCUGACGAAACGCGUCUGAAAACUUUGAAAAAAAGAAAAAGACAAAAAAAUACAAAAAAAGAAAACCAGAGAAUCAAGCGGCGAACUUGGGCUCAGCGCCGGUCCGACAUCCCAGCCGGAUAUCGGGUUCUCCUUAACGUUUAAGAUUUAAGCACGUACGACGCGCUGUAGAUUUUAUAUACCGCAGGAUAGAGCAGUGAGAGAGAGAGUGAGAGAGAGAGAGAGAGAGA